GGUGGUGUGCAUUGUGCGUGGUCUGUUUGAAGUGUACGAGAGUCGAGAGGACAUUUUGAAUUUAGAAGGCGGAUCGCGCGGGAACAUCGCGCUUGCGCUCAUUCAACUUGUUUUCCCGCGCGCUUUUUGGCGGGAAGCUGUUAACGGUUCCAUUUUCAACCUAUAAGUAGUUCAAUUUAGUAGGUGCCUGUGUGUGAAGUAAAGUGCUAAGUAAAUCAUUUGUAUUUAAAAAAAGCUUUAUUUUUGCAACGUCCUCAAGAUGAAACUGUCAAGGCGACCUCUGCGAAACAUUUGCAGCCUCCUGUAUCUACUCCAUUUGAUCUACACCGUGACUGCGACCAAGUUCGCGUCGCAUGUCAGCGUGAACACGCCCGCUCGAAGCUUUUCCCACGGAGUUGGAGAUCCCGUGACCAUACUGGAGCGACGAGCGUACCAUCGGCUCCCACAAACUCCACCUAUAAGGAGAUUACGAAGGCCAAACUCGCAAAGUCAUGGCGGCUAUCCCAGGCAAAAGCCAACCAUACCUUUCCAGGUAGAAGACGUUCCGCGCGGCAACUCCAUGAGCAGACCAUGGCAUUACAAUAACUUUAUGGCUGUGCCGAUACAAGUGCUGCCACCUUCGCCGUAUAAAGUGGACUCUCCCGAUCCGGAAUCCUUGUGGCCAAUAGGGUUGUUUAUACCGCCUCUCCCCCCACAACGAUUUGGCUCUCGACGCUCAGACACUCAUACCUCUGAAUCCGACCAAGAAGAUCCAUAUCUACUCGAAGGUUCGGAAGCUGUAACAGCAGUGAUCAAGUCCACUCGCCACGGCCAACUGUACUUCCACGACAUACCGCACAUCCAGUCCCUCCUAGCGAACCAAGACCUCAGGGUCCAGAACAAUCUGAAACCCCACCGGAUCGCGAGCAUACGACAAUCAUGGCCCUUCAAUAGACCUUAGCACGAAAUAAAACAACUCUAAAUGUUUUACAUGUUGUAUAUUUCUGUAUAAAUCUUAAUAAAAAU